AUGUCGGAUUUGAAUCAGUCGCCAUCAGAACAAGCCGUUUUAUUUGCACGCGGUUACAGGUUCCUGAAGAGACUGGGCGAAGGUUCUUACGCCAAGGUCUACCUCGCGGAAUACAAAACAGAAGCCGACCGGGACAGGAACAACAAAUUGGCCUGCAAAGUGAUAGACACCGAGAAAGCGCCGAAGGACUUCGUUCGAAAGUUUUUGCCCCGUGAACUCGAGAUCUUGGCGAAACUGAGCCACCCCCACGUUGUGCACGUGCACAGUAUAUUCCAAAGGCGAACGAAAUACUUCAUAUUCAUGCGAUUCGCCGAGAACGGUGAUCUUCUUGAGUUCAUCUUGAAGAAUGGCCCAGUCGCGGAGGGCCAGGCACGCGUAUGGCUCCGACAGCUUGUACUUGGUCUUCAAUAUCUACACGAGUUGGAGAUUGCUCACCGCGACAUGAAGUGCGAGAACGUUCUCCUCACGUCGAAUUACAACGUAAAGCUUGCUGACUUUGGAUUUGCCCGUUACAUGAUCGACAACCGUGGCAAACGCGUCCUAAGCGACACUUACUGCGGUUCGCUGUCGUACGCCGCCCCCGAAAUUCUACGCGGUUCACCGUAUAAUCCAAAGAUCGCUGACAUCUGGUCGCUGGGCGUCGUAUUGUAUAUCGUGCUAAAUAAAGCAAUGCCGUUCGACGACACCGACAUCAAACGUCUAUACGAGCAACAAAGGAAUCGCAAAUGGAAAUUCCGUAGCAAAAUCACUCUGACCGAGCACGUGAAGAAGUUGGUGUCGUGUCUUCUUGAACCAAUCCCGACGAAACGUUGGACGUUGAAUCAGAUCAUCACCAGCGAUUGGAUCGCUAUGGAUCCCCGGCUUCUGGUGCUCACGCCUGCCGAGCAAACUGCCCUCGACAACGCAGUGGAAGAAAGAAGGCGAAUGGUGGAGAAGUUUUCUAAGAAAGAUCCUAAGUUGUUCAAAGUAGAAGAGAAGAAGAAGAUAGAACCGAUUAGAAAAGUAACAAGACCGGAAGAAGUCACCGUCAUUAAGAAUGCCGCAAAAGUUUCAUUGUCCUCCAUGGCCAAUGAAUCUUUUUUCUAA